GGCAGUCACCGACAUCCAACAACAACACCGACUUAAUCCACUUUUAUUUACUUCUUCCUUGAACACAUGUUUUUAUCCUCAGUUUUCUUUUUAACCGUGUGGAGAAGAAUCGGGACUCUGACAGGUGUUCUUUCGGAGGAGGUGACGGAGCCUGCGGAGCCCUCAGGCCGGUGCAGAGGCUGAACAGCUGCCGGACUGGAGGGCUGAAAAUGUUGGUGAUUCUUGAGACAGUGUGAAAACAUGACCGCUCUGUACAGAGAUGUGGACAUUGCUACUUUUUCUCAACUUGGUGGCUCUACACUAUACAGCCUCCACCUCUCCCCCCGACCCAGUCAAUGUGAUCUUCUCUUCGGUUAAUCUGAGGAAUGUGUUGCAGUGGUUACCAGGAAAUGGCACGCCAGAUGACACGCACUUUACAGUGCAGUAUGCCAUCUAUGGGGACAGUGUUGAGGGCAUCAAGGGGAGACGGGUGCACUGGAGGGCGGUGCGGCGGUGCACAGAAAUAGUGCGGAGCUGGUGCGAUCUGAGCAAAGAGACGUGGGAUCUGGAGCACGGAUAUUAUGGCAGGGUUCGUGCUGUGAGCCGGAGAACAUCCUCCAAAUGGGCCUUGACGCGGAGGAGGUUCGAUCCAAAGACGGACACUAGUUUUGGCCCUCCACUGGUGUCUGUUGAAGUAGAGGACAACAACGCCAUCAUCACCCUGAGGGGACCAAUGAGGUAUCAGCCGAAUAACCACACCCCAGCUGUUUCCAUGGCAACGCUCUACCCCAUGAUGACUUACAACCUCUCCAUCGAUAACACCCGUCGUGUCCAGAUGCACCAUUUCACAGUGGCCUCCAGUUCGUACAAAUAUCGCAUGAUGGAAUACAAUACACAGUACUGUUUCUCUGCCAAGUCAAGAUUCUUCUCCAUGCCAACCCAAUGUCAGAACUCAGCAUGGCAAUGCAUUACCACGCCUCAAGACCCUGUGAUUGGCCAGCUGCAGAGGGUGGUUGUGGGUAUUGUUGUUCCAGCUCUGUGCAUAUGUACGCUGGUGGUUGUUGGCUACUUUCUCUAUAACUACCUGUCAGGGAAAGGACAGAAGAGCCCUUAUAUACUGGACCCACCUCCUUUUUAUUCGCCCCCUCUGACAUUCCCACCUGAGAAUCCCAAGCUCUUACCAAUCACCAUCAUUACAGAGCCUCUAUCAGAGAGUGGCAAAUCAAACCCUGGAUGUCCCAAGCGUCCGCAACAUGUGGCACAUCCCUCAGCAGGAUACGCCUCCCAGAGGCAUGAAACACCACCAAUGCUUGAGGAACCCUGGGAUGAUUCGUCCAUCGACUAUGGGUUUAUUGGUGUGGCUCCCAAAAUCAAUAACAGAGCUGAAAAUGGGAAUAAUCUGGACAGUGAACAUCAGAAAUGCAACAGUUAUGAGAAGAAAGACUGGAGAGUUGAGAACGGCCACUCCACUGGAGACUCACAGACAGAAAUGAGCACACUUAUACAAGCGCAACCAUGGUCACAGCCAGUUUUAAGGACUCAGGCACCAUUACCGUCUUUUCAGGGAGCUUCCAUUGGAGAGGUGGAUGGAGAGGAGGAGGAUGGAGAGUUUCCAGGUUUAUUUAUAAACACAACCCCACAAACUGGCCUCUUCAACAUUCCUUUAAACCUACAAACAAUGAAGGAUGAAGCACUGGGGGAAGAAGUGGAUAGAAAGAUGAGAGUAAGAACAGAUGAAGAGAGAGAUGGAGGAAUGGAGGAAAGACGUGAGAAUGAGGAAGUGCCCCUUCUUUCUGCUUAUGCAUCUCAGAACACUACAUACAUGCCUACCUCACACGCUGACCAAUCAGAUUGCUUAUCAGAUGACUAUGGGGUCCUGAGAGUGGAUACAGCACACAAAAUAGAGACAGGUGAGGAGGAAGAGGGAACUAUUUGUAUUGAUUGGGAUCCCCAGACCAGGAAACUAGUGUUGCCAGAGAUAGCGAUGGAAUACAACAAGGCUGGAGGGUUGGAUGGGUUGAUGCAGGGAGGGAAAGGGAGGGAGAACAGGAUGGGAGGAGAAGGGGAGGACGUGAAGGGCGAGCUGAGGUUGGAAAAUGUGUUCGUAAGACAAGGGUCGGAGGAAAGGGCAGAGGCACAGAGAGAGAUGGAGAGAGGGGAGGGAACAGAGGGCGAUUUUUUCACCAGAUGGAACUUGGUACUCUCGAUGGACGAGUAGAUGAUAUUCAUCACAAUAUUUAGCAUGUUUUUACUUCUUCUGCAUUUAUAAUGUUGAUUAAAUUCAAUAGCACGACCUAUCAGUUUUAUUAGAAUACACAUGUUAAUAUAAAAUUCUUAGGAGCACUUUGUACUGUAGGCGGGUUACUUCUUUAUCUGUGAAUAUUGCUGCUUUAUUCCCUCCACCAAGAACGCUAUGUGUUUGGUUUGGUUUGUUGGUUUGCUAGAAGGAAUACAGAAAAAACAACAAGUCCAAUCCUCAUCAAACUUGGGGGAAGGUUGUAACAUGGGCCAAAGAAGAACCCAUUGAGUUUUGGAGCGUAUCUGAAUCAUACUAUUUUUCCACAUUUGGUAACAAUGUGAGAUAGGGCAUGGCCUUGACUUGGUUUUGAUAUUUAGUACCUUUAAGGCAGAGGGUUUCAGAGUGGGAGGCAGGACUCCCCAGGGGGACUCCAAACAGUUUCGGGCAAGUGAAUAGAGGAAGUGAAAAAACAGUACAUUAGUUAAGAAGAUCACAUUGAAUAUUCUAAAUGUUUGUGACUUGGUUAAAGAGGUAGUACAGAGAGAGUAGUUUUGGGAGAUUUCACUGUUUGUAGGACUUUCCCAGAUUCAGAAACUAAUAAAUGCCUCAGGACGGACAUUUUUAUGUUUCGGUGUAGUCUAACAAUAACACAAUCAUAAUUCCAAAGAACUGAGUGAAACAAAGCAAGUAAACUGAGGGUUGGGUGGGGGGGUGCUUUUCUCCAAGGGACGUCCACAGUAUCAGACUUAAAAAAACUUUUUUUUCUGGUAUUGACCAUAAUGACCCAAUUCCAAGUGGUAUUGAAACUUCUCUAGUCAAACAAUACCUGCAUUUGAUCCUUUCUGUACACAGAAAAAAAAGCAUUGUUUGUUUUUGCUUGUUGAAAAACGCUCCAGGGUUUGUUUGUUGUUGUUUUUUUCAAUUUAAUGCGAUGAGUGAUUGGGAAAAAAAUGACUCUAUUGGUAUCGGUAUCACUGUAAAGGUACUGGUGUUGUAAUUUUUAAAAGGAUACCCAGCCCAAUUACUUUCUGAUCUGAUCUUCUUUAUCUGAUUAUUUAAAAAAAACCCAAUGUGAAUACUUAUGAAGAAAUCACUUUGUGAUCAACUCUGAAGUAAAUUCUGUGUUAAUAAUUUAACCUUAAUUUUGCAAGAUGUAUACUAGAUGUAAUGUUUUUCUUAAUUUAUUUGUGCAUGAUAUGAAGUCAAAGUUCUUCCUAGAGAUAAGCGUCAUCUUGUUCUCUUCUUCUUCCUGAUCGAUGUGAGUUUCGGUGAUUUAGUGAAAGUACAAAAACAAAAACAAAAAACCUUGUAAAGAAUCAGUUUGUUCUGAUCAGCUGACAUGAAACCAGAAUUUUAAACUUUGAUUUAAUAGAAUCAUAGUUUUCUGUUUUUUUUGUUGCAAUAUAUAUAGAUAUAUUCCAGAGGAAGAUGAUUUGAUUAUUUGUUAUUACUGUGUUCAUAUAUUAUUAAGUCAAAUAGCAAUCCAUAGCACUUUAUUAUUUUUCUACUCAAUGUAGAAAUGUAUAAAUAAUUAAAGGCCAUGGCCUACAGUAUAUAUCAAUAUUAUUUAAGAAAUCAACACGGUUUUGCAAUCAUCAUAUUUGUUCUAUUCUUCAAACAGUAAUUGUCUGUGGUGCAAUAUUACAAUACUGUCUCUUUGUCUUCUCUUUUUAUAUUGAUGUUCAGAAGCUUGUCAGGGUAUUUUAUGCUGUCUAAUCUACAAGUUAAGAGAUUUAAUUUUACUGUUGGCACUUCUGCAUUCCAUCAAGUUACAAAAGCACAUGCAGUCAGUUUCACUACUGUUUGUUAGUCAGAGGAAUGCGACAGAAGUAAUAUUUUAUUAAGUAAUAAUGGUACUUUUGUAUCUUUUGUCAGUGGCGUUCCUCUUGAUUGUUAUCUUUUCUGCCCGCAUGAAGUUAUAAACACUCAAAAUUUUACAUGAAGGAAGUUUUGUUUUGACCGUCUUCACACAGCAGUUACUGACACUAUGCAUGAUUUAUCAUUAGGGGAACUUCUGGCAGGGACUUACUGUGAAAUCUCUUCCUGUACAGUUUAGCCUGCAUGUUUUCCCAGUAAAGGGGAUUACGAAACUCUACAGAUACAUUCGGUUUCAGGUUCAUGUAUUUACAUAACUCAGGUAUACAUCUGCAAUGUGGUGAUAUGUUAUGCCGUGCAUGAAGUUGUAAAAUUUAGUUUAAUGUUUAAUGCUGGGAAAUAAGUCAGUCAUAUUUGUCAUAGUUUUGUAUGUUUCAAGAUAUAAUUAUUGUAUAAUUUAAA